AUGCUGGAUAAGUUAGAAGAUGAUCAAUAUGCAUAUCGACAGAAGAUAAAUCCUUAUUACCCCUUCCAUGAUGAAGGUGAAUGGGAAUUAGGGAAGUUUUUGGUGGAAAACCUUACUCAAACUCAGAUAACCAAAUUUUUGAAGUUAAGAUGGUUUGACUCUCCGGAUCGCGCAAAACCAUCUUUUACCACAAAAGAUUGCCUCCUGGACUGGAUGGACUCACUGCCUUCUUUUGCCCUGUGGAAAGUCUCUAAAAUAGAAUUUAAAGGCUAUAAGACUGUCCAUCCCGUGGAGCUUGUUUGGCGCGAUGCACUGGAGGUUGUCAAGCAACUAUUCAGUGACCCAACUUUUGCAAACCACAUGACCUUUCACCCUCACGUCACUAACGUCGAAAAUAAGCGUGAAUAUGGAGACUACAUGAGUGCCGAUAUGGCAUGGAAAAUUCAGGACCAUCUCCCGUUGGGUGCGACUCAAGUCCCGAUAAUCUUAGGAUCCGACAAAACUCCCGUAACGCGACUUACCGGAGGAAUUGAGAUGGACCUUGUUUGUGCCAACCUCAAGGCCGCAGCGAAGGAUGGCUGCUUUAUGCCCGAUCCUUCCCGUUACAUUCGUCAUGUGUUUACGCCGCUCAUAUCCCGAACAGUUGAUCCCUGGGAUCUCAACAAGUUCCAGAAAGCGGCCAAAGCCAUUAAUCUAUCUGGUGUUCAUAUGCCACACUGGCGCGAUUGGAUGUUUGCAUGUCCGUCCGUUUUUCUUGCCGGCGAAGUGCUGCACACUUGCCAUAAAUUCUUCGCGGAUCAUCCACUGAAAUGGAUCAAAGAAAUUGUAGGACAUUAUGAGCUUGAUACUCGCUUCAUGGUGCAGCACAAGCGAGUCAGAACGCGCCACUUUACGAAAGGUAUCACUCACGUUAAUCAGAUGACAGGCCGUGAGCAUAGAGACAUCCAACGCACUAUCGUUGCAUCGAUCGCAGGGGCCGUUCCACCCAGAUUCGUUCGUGCAAUUCGUGCCCUUGUGGAGUUCUUUUACCUUGCACAGAAUCCGGUUCACUCACCUCAAUCACUUCAGUCAAUGGUUCAGGCGCUUUCAGAUUUCCACUCUUUCAAGGACACUAUUGUCCAGGCCGAGGCAAGGAAGGGGAAGAAGGGUAUCAAAGAGGAUUUUUUCAUCCCCAAACUCGAGCUUCUGCAGAGCUUCGAUGGUACGAUUAAGAAAUUGGGCACUUUGAUGCAGUUCUCUGCUGACGUGACGGAGUGGCUACUUAUCACACAUUGCAAGGACCUUUUCCCGCAGACGUCCCGACAAAUCAAAGAUUUUAUGGAGCAGUGCGUGCGGAUUCUUAAUCGCCAAGAAUCUAUGGAAAUGUUCGGCCUGUACACGCUGCUGACUUCUCGCGGGGCAUCACUGGUUAAUGCCAUACAUGCCGAAGAUGAAGAUAUCACAACUACCAAUCCUGCACUCUCCUGGGUUUCCCGAGUUCUUCCUGACAAAGUCAGGUCAAUCCAUGGUCCCCGACCAGUCCGUAAUCACUUCCUCAAAGGUAUUCUCUCUGAGGAUGCGCUCACCGCUUUUCAACUCAAUGUCGCACCUGAUUACAAAUCACUCUCACCGUCUGAAAUACGCAGGAAAUAUGCAGUCCUCGACUUUGAUCGUGCGCUCGCCAACUUCAUUUGUCGUUCCUUGGUUUCCAGUGGUGAACAUUCCCGCUGGGACCCCAAAUAUGGGCGUUUCCAGGUAUGGCACAAGUUUCGAUUGCAGCUUCACUCGGCCUUCCAGCCGCGAGUCAUCAUGCCAAGUCGGGUGGUGCAAGCAUACCCACCAAGCGAUGAUUUCCCCUUGGGAAAUUGUGAUACUGUUCUCAUUGACGCCAUGGGCACUAACGGCAAAAUGACGAGUUAUAUCGCACAGGUUCGACUCAUUUUUCAACCAAUCGUUCGACGAGGUUCCAACCUGGAACUACCGUCGUAUCUCUCCGACCCACUGCUCUACAUCCAAUUUUUCCGCUUCAUUUCCAGCCCUGAUGAUCGUCCCGAGCUCGCGAUGUGGACCGUGGAGCGCGCAUACACGCAGGACGAAAACGGUAACCACUGUAGGGAAGGGGCUGUCGUUCGAGUGACAGAUGUGACACAUGCAGUUGAAUUAAUUCCAGUUUAUGGCAAGGCAGUGGCUAACGGCGUGUCCUCUGCGACUUGUUUGGAACACUAUGAACGUUUCUUUCUGAAUAGCUUUGCGGACAAGGAGAGUUAUCAUAUGUUCAGUACCGAGUUUGUAUAG